UUUUGAGCCCAGGAAAUGAUGGAGCCCAGUCUGCUGGAAGCCGUUUGGAUAGAGAGGUUUUUUUAUUGAUGAGAAGAAGGACAUUUACUGGCCGUUUUUAGGGGGGUAUUUUUUGAAUGUUUGCAGUGGGAUGGGACUCAAUCACUUCCUGUGUCUGCUGCUCUGUGCAGCUGCCCUGACAGCGUCUGUAGUUUCUGGUGAAGAUGAGAACAGCGAGGCAUACAGGUGGACCAAGCAGAGCCUCCCGGUGCUGCUGGACACACACACAGAACCUUUAAACACUCCUUCAUUCAGAGGGCAGGAGGAGGAUGAGGAGAAAGGAGGGACAAAGACAGUCUGUGGAAUAGAGUGUCAAAGCAGCCGGCCACCUAUGGACCAGACUGAGCAAGAGAGGAUUCUGGGAUAUGAGACCGUGUAUGAGAAUGGCACUCGCACAUAUACAACUGUCAGCUUGCAGGGUUUCAACAAGAUGUCUGCAAGAACACCAGCCGGCUCUCCAACUCAUACCCGCAGGAAACGGCAAGUUUAUGGAGCAGAUGGACGCUUUGUGAUCUCUGACUCACAUUUCAUCACCAACUACCCUUUCUCUACGGCUGUUCGUCUCUCCACAGGCUGCUCUGGUGUCCUGAUCUCCCAGAAACAUGUGCUAACAGCGGCGCACUGCAUCCAUGAUGGGAGAGAGUACCUAGAGAGUGCCAGAAGGGUUAGAGUAGGGGUGCUACAGCUCAAGACUAAAAGAAGAAGAGGGGGUAGGAGGAGAGGAGGGCGGCUGAGGGGCGGGAGGAGAGGAGAGGGGGACAGAGGUGAGGAGCAGAUAAUGGAGGAAGAUGAGGAGCAGAAUAGUAUAGAUGGAGAUGUAGUAAGAGGUAGGAAGGGAGGCAAAGGCAAGAGGCGCAGGGGAAGAAAAGAGGGUGAGGAAGGUGUAACAGAUCAUGGAAUUAGGGGCGACUUAGAGAGAGGAAGAGGAGGGAAGCAGAAAAGUCUCAACCGUAUACGACGUAGUGCUGAGCCCAAGAAGCAGCCCGUCUUUCGUUGGGCACGAGUUAAACAAACCCGAAUCCCUCAAGGAUGGAUCCAAACCAAGAACUCCACCAAGUCGAUGUCCACUGACUACGAUUACGCUGUUCUGGAGCUGAAACGACCCCUCAAACAAAAGCACAUGGAGCUCGGGGUGGCACCCUCGACCAUCCCCCUGGCACGGAUCCACUUCUCAGGCUAUGAUGCUGACAAAAGCCUGCUGGACGGGCGUGGAGAAGAAAAGGUGGUCUACCGUUUUUGUUCAGUGGCAAAUGAGUCUGAAGAUCUGAUGUACCAGCACUGUGACGCGCAGCCAGGCGCUACGGGGGCAGGUGUUUACAUUCGUCUGAGGCAGGAAGUAGGAGAAGCAGGCAGGAAAGGGAAGUGGCAGCGGAGGGUGAUUGGGGUGUUUUCGGGCCAUCAGUGGGUGGAGGUGGAAGGAGGUGAGCAGAGGGACUUUAAUGUUGCAGUGAGGAUUACUCCACCCAAAUAUGCCCAGAUCUGUCACUGGAUCCAAGGAGAUCCAAGUCUCUGUAAAGAGGUUUGACUGGAAAGUGAUUGACCUACAAGACAAAAAUAAAGGUUGUCACUUUCAAAGAGACUCAAAGAUCUGGGCCUGUAUGUAUAAAACUUCUAAAAAGCAGUUCUUAAUAAUGGUCCUAGACUUUGACUUACAGUUGAUAACUAUUUAGUGAAAAGUAGGACUUAGACGCUGACUUUUAGCAAAGUAUACAAACCCUACACUACAGUGUUGUCAAUUAAGGCCUCCAAUCAUGUCUAGGUCCUUCUUCAAGCACUUAAACAGCCAAUAGCAUGCCUCAAAGGUUGUGUGGCAUAGCUGCAACACAGCUUCAUACACUCCUUGUCGUACUUACCUACCCAUCAUUCAUUGUGUCCAACGUUAUAAAUGCUUCAAUACAAACAGUAUAUUGCAAGAUGCAAGACAAAAGCUUAUAGAAAAUAUUUCCCCUACAGUUACAAUGACAAUAUUAAUACACCGGUAUAGUGUUUGAAAGGUAUUAAAUUAGUUCAAGUUUAUAUAGUAAACAUUUUAAGUGAUACUCGUCUGUGGAGGUCCUGUAAAAUCUUUUUAUGUGGAUUAAGAACAUGCUGUUAUUUUUCCAAAACAAACAUUUCCUUAAAAGACUAGAUUAUCCUUAAAAGACUUUAGAUUAUCCAUAACAUUAUCUGACUCACAACAAAUCACAUGUUUGCAUUCUUCUUCUUUUUUUAAAAUCUGGCACCUACUGUACAUUACCCACAAUGUAACUCAACCACUGACAGUUCAGUCAGAGAUUUGGGUGUGUUAUGCUGGUAGCGGCAAAUAUAGCCUCAAGCAGAGAUGAGGAGCGGGGUUCACACCCCCAGAUUUGUUUUCAUUUUGUAGUAUUCAGACUCAAGUGACAUGAAAUCACUUGAGGUCAUUUAUCAUGUUACGCAGCUCCCUUUGGAGCCACAGAAAGCUUUAUACAACUUUCUUUUUUUACAUAUGGAGUAGUACUCCCUAAGACCAAACAGACUCCGUGCAGUUCUCUUUUAAAAAGUUUCCUGCCAAGUGUAUAUGUUAAAAACAGUUCAACUUGUAAUAUCUGUGUGCUAUUCAUUGUCUUUUAUACUAACUAUAAUUCAUUUAUUUCACUGCUCAGCCAAAAAUAUUAUUGUUGCACUUUUUGUAAUUGUUUUAAAUGAGACUAAUACAAACUUCAGGAAGAUAUGUAAACAUUUGAUUCUAUUUAUGUCGGAACCAUCAUGUCAGGAACUGUGGCCUAUUCAUUCAUUUAUAAGUUUAUUGUCUCCUUUUCUUAACACCACAGUUGUCUGUCUCUGAAACACCUAAUUUAUAUAACUCUGAAACUGUAAUUAUGUCAAAGAAAAGUCGAAGCCAUAUGUUUUUCUCCUGUGUCACAAUGUAAACAUUUUGCUUUGUUAACUUUUGUAUAGAAGCAUACACAGUUAAACUGGUUUUAGCCUUCAUGCUAAAGGAAAUACUGGGUCAACA